UUCAUUUGAAAUUUCGAAAGUCUAUAGAGUCAUGGGAAUGAACAUAUCUAGUUGUCGAGAAGAAUCGAUGUAUAGUUCCUUCCGCUUGGUAGUUGCGCCUAUGAUGGUGUUCUGGUUCUGGAUGAUCGAGCCCGCGGAGCGGUGCGGGAUGGUGCGGGUACCAGCAAAACGCACCGACUCGGCUGCCAUGCCGAUGGUAUGGUGUGGUGCAAGGUAUGGUGCGGUAGGUAUCGCCUGGGCACGGGCAUGGUAUACUCUUCACAUGCUCACCACACACGCGCUCCUCGCUUCAGUGAGCGAACGAUUUUGUCGAGAGAAGAGCAAAGCAAGAAGGCGCAAGCCAUAGCCAAUUAUUCAGAGUGGUGUGGUCUUCGCAACGGUAAAUUCUGGAAGUAAUUCCGUAUUGCACACCAGCUAAUUUGUGGCGCAUAUCAAUGAAAUAGUCAGGCGCGAUCGCGUGGUGCCCGUUCGUGUUCAGUGCGCGCUCCUCCGAAGCCGAAUUCGCUAAUAUGUGGACAGGGCACGUUCUUCUGUUGGUCUUCUUCUUGUUGGGGGUGCAGGCGCAAGAUGACUCCCUGGCCGGCAGCUUCCUCUCAGGUCUACUAGACACUAUCACGAGUACGGCAGAAUCGAAGGAUUGUCCAGGCGUGUGCGUGCACGCUUUAGCAACAAUCAUCUGCUCGGACGUACUCGAAGAUGUCACCUGCCCUUCGCCUUCCAUGAAGUGCUGCGUGGAAGUACCUGAACAAAACAGUACCAAGGGCGACCAACCGGAGACGACGACCAAGGUUGAGACGACCACGACGAGAGCCACCACAACCACUUCGACGACAACCACUACUAGUACGACUGCGCCAACAACUACCUCAAACCAGAUAGCAGCAGAGAAGCAAUCGAACAUUACACUGGCGAACGAUCGAGUGUACGCUUGCAACAACAGCCAAUACAAGGGCGUGUGCGUGACCGAAAGGAUAGCGGACUAUUGCGAGGCCAUUCUGGACACCCAGGACCUGUGCAAACGGGGCUUGCGCUGUUGCGUGUCGAGCGACAUCUUCGGAGAUAACAUACCCCCGAACCUCAUUUACCCCAACAAGACUAAGAGUAACUACACUCCGGUGGAGACGAGGUCCACCCCGAAACCGACCACCACGACCGGCGUGGCCUUGCAGAAGACCACGGCCGUGGCAGCGACUUAUCGGCCUCAACUUUUCAAAGAGUGCGCUGGCGAGUGUGUCAGCAGUCUGUUCGCGCUCUUCUGUGACGACAUCGAUUCCGAGGCGGACUGUCCCAAUGAAGGCAGUUGCUGUGUCACGUCGCAAGGAUCCAACGAAGACCCGCCCACCUCACCCCGACCGCCCCCGACGACCACCACCCGGCCGCCGGCUGCCACGCGGGCCCCCGGCCCGAUCUGCCCCGGCUUGUGCCUGCUCAACAUCAUGGCCGGCUUCUGUAACGCCCCGUCGACGCUCAUCCCGCACACCGCUAACUGCCAAAGGGGCUCCGUGUGCUGCGACAACACCAGAUCGGCCGCCCCGAGGCCCAGACCUAAGCCACCUCAAGCGGUGACGGCGGCGACUAGUACGACGACGGUGGAUCCGCGGCCGGAGUGUCCGGGUUCUUGCAUCGUGUCGUAUUUGAGCUUCACGUGUUUCAGGAAUGCCGAGAUGACUGAAAUUUUCAAAUGCAGAAAAGCCGGCACCCAAUGUUGCGCCCCAAAAACUCUGAUCAAGGAGGUCUCGGGACAAAGUGAGGAAGCCCCAUCUAAAGAAACUACCAUGUCGAUGAGUGUCCCAUACACUACACCUUCUUCAGUGACAUUGGCUCAAUCACCAACAACAGAAUUCACCAAAUUGGUGUCGACGACUUCGCGGACCCCCGUCUACAGCAAAUACGUGUGCGGGGUGAAGGGGACGGCUCGCACAGGCAGAGUGGUGGGAGGAGAAGACGGAGACCAGGCGGAAUGGUGUUGGCAAGUCGCCCUCAUCAACUCCUUGAAUCAGUACCUCUGCGGAGCAGCCCUCAUCGGCACCCAGUGGGUCCUCACUGCUGCACAUUGCGUGACGAACAUCGUGAGAUCGGGCGACGCGAUCUACGUGCGCGUGGGCGACCACGAUCUGACCAGGAAGUACGGCAGCCCGGCGGCGCAGACUUUGAGGGUGGCCACCACCUACAUCCACCACAAUCACAACAGCCAGACGCUGGACAACGACAUAGCGCUGCUCAAGCUGCACGGCCAGGCCGAGCUCAAAGAGGGCGUGUGUCUGGUGUGUCUGCCGGCCAGGGGGGUCAGCCAUGCGGCCGGCAAGAGGUGCACCGUCACGGGGUACGGGUACAUGGGCGAAGCUGGCCCUAUCCCAUUAAGAGUCCGCGAGGCCGAGAUCCCGAUCGUCAGCGACGCGGAAUGCAUCAGGAAGGUGAACGCCGUCACCGAGAAGAUCUUCAUCCUGCCGGCGAGCAGCUUCUGCGCGGGAGGCGAAGAGGGCCACGACGCCUGCCAGGGCGACGGCGGCGGCCCUCUGGUAUGCCAGGACGACGGCUUCUACGAGCUGGCCGGGCUGGUGUCGUGGGGCUUCGGGUGCGGUCGGUUGGACGUUCCGGGGGUGUAUGUCAAGGUGUCCUCGUUCAUCGGCUGGAUCAAUCAGAUCAUCAGCGUCAAUAAUUUAUAAGGGUGUGUGUAGAUAAUCGAACCAAAAAUUGCACGGAGUUGUAUCUAUAUUUAUUUAUUUAUUUGGAGAACGUGUACUUGUCUACGUAACCUACCAUCUCAGAGAACUGUUUUUAGACCAGGAGAUGGUCACAGGUGACGUUCUCCCAUUUUACACUGAUGCCUUUUGAUAGACGGGUUCUUGGCCUCUCCGUAUGUGUGCACUUCAUAAGGAAACGGGCUUUUCUCUUUAUGAAGAAUUUUCGUGUCUUUCCUUGAUAUUAUAGUGCCUGCAGGAAGUUUCUGGAGAACACACUACUGGAAUGCUUAAUCAAUUCAGAAGACUGAAAUUCCUUCAAAAAUGCUUGCCUCACAAUAGACUUUUCUCCUUUUUCGUCUUUCUUUUUUACACUAGCAAAUUUAAUAAUUCCAUAUAUCUUCUACAUACUAUAUAAUGAUGAAUUUAAACUCUAUGUAUAAUCACUGUGUAACACAGGCUGAAGGACCUCGGUCGGUGGCCUUUUGGGUAUCCAAUAAAGCUCCUUAAUGGGAAAGACCACUGAGAGAAGAAAUCCGUGCAAACCUCUUUCAAUCGACGAAUCAUGAUUUACGUUUGAUGUACAAUCAAUAUUAUGAGUUGAAGUUGAAGGGAAUUGAAUCUAUAUCGUUUUGAAAUCAGCAUAUUUCAUCGAUAUUUCGAACAGCCAAAUAUGAUGGGAUUCGUGACGUAUUAGUCCCGAACUGUAGCUAUCUCUCUCUGAUACCUCGUCAUUCUGCAGUGUUGCAGUGUGAUUGGUCAGUUCAAGGACGAUAGGCGUGUUGGGAAUAAGACGUCGCACCAGUCACACCAAUGAAUUGACAAAAUUUCAAAUGACGCAGGAAUUGUGUGUUUUGAAAUGGACAUAUCCAAAUUUAUUAUUUUCAUCGUCUUAGCAUGAAUGAAAAAAUUCAAAAUUAAUUCGCUGGUAGUUUUUCAGUAUAGAGUUCACGAUAAUGUCAUUUUAAAAAAUCAGUGGUCUCCCCCAUUAUUAUUAUUAUACUGCCUGCCGUUGUAAUACACGGAAGUUCAAACAAACUGCAUGCAAUCCGCAGCGGCCGAAAGGGCUCAAACGUGUUACGAAAAACUGAAGGAAAUUAAAGGAGACUUAAAUGUUUUCAAAUUGCAUGAAGAUGUGAAAAAUUUAAGUUCUAGUAACAGGAACACUCUGGAAAAACUGGCCAGCGCCUCUCGUCUUACAACGUUGGAAAAUUUCGGGAAAAUUUAAUACAGGUUUUCCUUGAUUCCAAACUACAUGCCAUGAAGAAGAUACUUCAACUGUAUAAUUGAUUAUUAGUAGCUUAUUUGGUAUGAACUGUAGGAGUUUGCAGAAUAGAGGCAUAUAUGGUUUCACGAGGGGCGCAUGCCAAUUUUUACAGAGUGUUUUUGUUACUAAAACUUCAAUUUUUUACAUCGGCAUGCAAUUUGAUAACACGGAAGUCCCCUUUAAAUUCUCCAGUUUUUCCUAACCUUUUUGAGCCCUUCCGGCCGCUGCGGAUUGCAUGCCAUCAAUUUUAGGAGCUUCAGUUUGUUUGGAACUCCGAUCAGACAAUAUAAUAUCGCUGAAAAACACGAGAAUUCUUCUCAAAAAGAAAAGUACUUCCUCUUAUGAAGUGCACACUUGCGGUGGCCAGGAACCCGUCUAUUGAUCAUAUUUUGGGGUUAAUUAUAAUGCCUUGAAAUGGCAUGCAGUGUAAAAUGGGGGACGUCACCUGUCACCAUCUCCUGGUCUAUUUGUACCAAAGUACCCAAAGUUUUUCGGGAAAUAUUCUUGUCAUCUUCAGAACUGUAACAGUUAUAGUUAUUACUACGUAUUUUCAGAAGUUAGUAGAAGUCCAGGAGAUGAUGAUAUAUCGUACAAUCCAUUUAUCGAAUUAACUAUUGAUUAUUGGUUCACUAGGAUGGUGCAGAGGGUGAUGAUUCAAGAUUCUACACUCCUGGUUAUCUCGAUCUCGUUAUUAUUGUUAUGAAUUGUUAGCAUAUAGUCCUGUGAAUUGUAAACGUCAUCAUCCUUAUAAUUGAUAUAAAUUUAUGCAUGUAGGUCAUACGUUCAACAUAUACAGGAUGAGGCAAUAGUGCGUCAGGGUCCGAUUGCUAGAGUCCUAUGACAGCUAGUACAAACAUGAUUGAAAAACGAAUUCGGUCUAGACAACAGAAUCUAUAUCAAAAAAUUAUUGCGUGCCACAUAUACAGAGCGCACCAAAAAUGAUCGCUAGAGGGUUGAAAGACACUUAUUAAGUUGAAUAAGUAUAUUAGCACUUUUUUCGAGCAAUUCCUGAGACUUCCAUCUAUUUUUCCAGUUUUAGUGACCAUGUCUCAAUCUUUUGAAAGCCAUCAUUUGGUUUGUCCAAUCAAUGUAUAUUCAGUUUCAUACCGAAAAAAUCACUAGCGUAGCAGUUAUGAAAUUUAAGAGUAAAUAAUCAUAAUGCCAUUCAAUGAACAGAUACAGGGUAGCUGAACAUUAUGUUUGAAUUGAUAUUUUUGACCGUCUGCAUGCAUUCAUGUUAUUCAUGACCAAUUCCGAUUGAUUGAAUUUUGAACAUUCGAAUAAUUCGAAAAUGGUCAGGUUAUAUAAAAAUACGGCUAAAAAAUAUUUGUAUUAUUCAAUUCAUCACAUGGCCAAAAAUAUACAGGGUGUUUGAAAAUACAAAAUAAUUUGAUUUUUCAAAUUCAAAAAUAUUUGCUGAACACCCUAUACAAUCACCUCUAACACGUAGGAAUGGAUCAGAAAAAUGUGAUAUACAUAUGCUUGAAAAAGUGUGCUUAUUUAUACAGCAUUCCAUUGAGAAAAUUGAUGCUGGAUUCUCAAGAUCAUUUUUGAUGCGCUCUGUGUAACAAUAAUUUCUAGUUAUAAACAUUAUUGUCUAGUUACUUUUCAAAUCAAGUUUCUAGCUAUCAUUGGUUUCAAUCAAUCGAACUCUGACGGAUUAUAAUGUUUCACCCUGUAUAUUCUUUUCAAAUUCAUAUUUCAAGAUUUUUAUUUCCUCCGAUUCGCGGUUAUUGAAAUAAUCACGAGUGUGGAAAUUCUAUAACUAACGAUCACCCUGUAAAAAUGAUAGGUACAAAGAAAGUUUUGUAUAUACCUAAAAUGAAAAUGUGAAAAUUAUAUGAAAAAGAAAAUUGUUACCAAAUAAGUGAAAUUUGUCCUGUUUGUUAUUUGUGGAAUAAAC